AUGGGAAGCCCACAAGAGCGUCAUCAGGGGCACACUUAUCCAAAUAGCUUCCCGAAAGAAAAAGGCAGCCGCACGUGAAAUGGCAGAUCUCUACAAAUCUAUUUCGGACCUGGAACAACGACACAAAUGAUCCUACCUGAUGGAGACGUACGGGGAACUCAUUCAGGCCAGGCGACAACUGAAAGAUCUCCUCACGAAACGCUACCUCAGAUCCCUACAACAUUCCAAGGGGUAUUUCUAUGCUCAUGCCAACAAGGGAUGUAAAUACCUGGCGCAUCUUUUGAAAGGAAAUGCCCCUCGCACGCAGGUCCGCUACUUACGCCUCUCGUCAGGCACCACGACGACCUUCCCGAACAAGAUAGCAGGAGAAUUCAGGAAAUACUACCACUCGCUUUAUAAUAUACAUGUAACUGAUGGAAACGACGAUUCAGACGCGGAGGAUGCCCGGACACGGGACUACCUACAGGAGUCUAUCACGAGAACGAUCAGCUCGGAUACGGCAGAACGCUGGACACCCUCAUUUCUGUGGAGGAGCUCCUGGCGGCCCUGA